AUGAGUAUGAUGCAAAUCCACAAUGAAGAAAAACAAGUGGAAUACAGAAAAGGCCAUUUUUCUAAUGAGGAAGACGAAUUAAUUAAAAAAUAUAUUAAAGAACAUGAGAAGUAUAACUGGAACGAAGUUUCUGUAUUUGUAGGUACCAGGUCUUCUAAACAAUGCAGAGAAAGAUAUUUUGGGCAUUUAGAUGAAUCCGUCAAAAAAGAUCCUUUGACGCCUUCUCAGGUGAAGUUAAUUGGCGAAUUUAUAAAAGAAAAUGGUUUCAAAUGGGCGAAAUUAUCCCGGAAAUUAAAUAGUGGACAUACUCCUAAUAUGCUUAAGAACAAAUGGCAUCAACAAAUUUCAAAGUAA